UCUCGCCCGGGCUGCGCUCGGACAUGGCGGCGGAUCUGAGCGUGGAGCGGCUGCGCUCGCUGCCCGCCAGCUGGAGCUUCGGCAUCAGCCGCGGCGGCCGCGUCUUCUUCAUCAACGAGGAAGCGAAGAGCACGACUUGGCUGCACCCGCUGACGGGAGAGGCUGUGAUCACCGGGCACCGCCACAGCCCAGAUCUACCCACAGGCUGGGAGGAAGCCUAUACUUUCGAAGGUGCAAGAUACUACAUAAAGUAACACAUUGAGAAGUAAAGUGUGAGUUGUGCGAACCUGAUUUUAUUUUAGCGAUAUGUUUAUUACCACACUAUAUCACUUUUCCGUUUAUUCAGAUUCAUAACGUUCUUGAAAUUGCUGCUUCUACCUAUAAUAACAAAUUUAUGGUCAUCUCUUUUUAAGACAGUCUUGUCUUUUGACUGAAGCAUCUUCUAAUACACAGAAAUGUCACAUGCAAUGCAAUUGUGUAAACCAUCUACAUUUGUUUCUUCCUCGUAUGGUACAUUCAUUGCAAGUCAAAUAUGGAACAGUUCUCUCAUAUGAAUAAAUUAUUUUAGUUUGUGGAUUGGUAAGUAUUUAAGGAUAUAGGAAUAUACAUACAUAUAUAUAGGGGGGGCAAUGCUGGCCCAUUCGUACCUCACAUUCAUUUUUUUUGUUUUUUAACUGUGGGCUCUUGUCAAGAAGGUUAUCUGAUUGCUUUCACUGCAAGUAAGAGUAGUUAAACAUUGCAAUCUUCAGUGUUGCAGGUGAAGCUGUAAACCAUGGGUCCUCAAACUAUGGCCUGCGGGACGGAUCCGGCCCGUGCACACGCUUGCUGCGUGGGCAGGGAGGUGGUGGCUCACUUGGAGAUGGUUUCUGAGCGAGCAAGCCGCCACCGCUGCCUGCCUCCUGUACGUGCGUGCUUAUCGCUGCCUCUGUCGCGCUCACCCAUAGAUGGUUUUGGACUCGCUGAGAGAUCUCUGAGCGAGCAAACCACCACUGUGCGUUCCCAAUGCUGCCUCGUGUGUGCUCGACGGUACCUCACCGGCCUGUGCCCCCAGGCACUCCCACCUCUCACCGGUCUGUGACUGCAGCCUUUCAACUGGCCCCCUCUUCAAAAAGUUUGAGGACCCCUGCUCUACAUGAAAUUGAAACAGUCUCAUUCUAAGCUGUUGCUAUCAGUGGCUUCUUCAACUUUACUAUAAUUAUAAUAGACUCCUAAAAUUGGAAUGUUUGCCCAAAAUGAAACAUGCUUUUCCACCCUUCGCAUGUCAUGUCAUCUCUUGAUUUGGUGUAUGUAUUUCCAAACAUUGGCCAGUUUCUUUUGGUAUUGCUGGAGGGGUAUGUUUGACAGCAUCUCAGACUGCAGUUUUGGAGCAAAUCCCUGAACAUGUGCAACAUUUGAACAUGAAUUUUCAGCAUGAAAUUUUAAGUGCGUGGCUUGUGUUCUAGUGCUAUGCUAACAUCACGUACUUUUCUGCCUUUGAAUCUUGGGUCGAGCGGGAUUGCUGCAGCAGGAAUGGAAUGGGAAAAAAAAUCUUCCCAUUACUUAAUAAACAUUUUACUUCCUUCUUUACCAGUAAAUGAAGCUAAACUUAGAUUCCCCAAAUCAGUUGUUUAUCUUGGCCACAUGGUAAAGAAUUUGCGACAAAAGUUCACUGUGUGAUUCAGAUGCAGUGACUGCUGGAGAAAUUGGUUUUGCAAGCUUCUGCAAGCUUUUGAAACCUAGAAGACAUCCUCGUCACGUACAGUGUUCUGUACCCCUGGAUGCUGUAAGAUCCUCAGCUGUUACUUGAGGAGCUUCCUGAAUAGCUCCGCAAGUAAACUUGCAGAGGAGGUCCCCACUCCAUCUCAUUGUCUUUUAUCACAGACCUUGAGUAAAGCUCUUUUGUUCAUUGCCUUUUCUUCUUCUAGAAGACUGCAGCAACAAUAGGAGGAGCUUUAACAUAUUUUAUAGCUUCUUUUGCUUGUCUACAGACCUUUUGGAUGGCGUCCAGUUUCAUGAUGUGAUUAAGAAGCAAGUUUAGCCCAUGACAUGUACAUCCUAUUGCAGUAAUAUGUGGAUACUUCCCUGUUGUGAUCUCCCAGAGUGCUUUCAUAUUACUUGCAUUGUCAGGCAGCAAAGCAAAUGCGUUACCAUACCCAGACUUCGGUAGGACUUCUCAUAUUUUCAGCUGACAUGCUAUGCAGUAUGACUGUUCUCUCCUGUUUCAACACUUCUCUGAAAAGCUGGCUGAGGUGUUUGAUUUCUUUCCCCGUCACAUUUGUACAUCCAUUUGUAAGUACCAUAAGAUAUAGUGCUUUCUGGGUUUUUCUUGCACAGAUUGCCUUAUUGUGAUAAUGGCAAUACCCCCUGGAGGCAGAAAUGCAUCUUGCUCUUGCAUUUAAGAGUUAUGGUCUCAAUUUAUAGCCUAGGACUUGCUUGUCCUCCAUGCACAAGAACUGUAAUGAUCUGAUAUUAUACUUAGUCUUGCAUAAACAUGUGUAGGUUUGAGGAAACAUUUUGGUGGGAAUAGUUAUAUGAAUACUUCCUUUGGGACUUUUUGUUCAUCUUUCUGAAAGAAAGGAUUCUACAAUCUAUUUUUUUUUCUUUUUGGGCAGGGAGGAAUACUUGGGAAUAAAGCAGAGAAAUCACUUCUUCCGCUAAUAUUCCGCAGUGCUUCUUUGGGUCUUUACAUAUCUGCUUUUCCAGCAAAUCUAAGGGAGGAACAGUGGCUUUGGGGAUAGUGCAGGGAAAGAAACCUCCUGGCAGGCCACUUACAAGGUAGGACUUGGGCCUUCACUUCCAUCCAUUUAGUGCCUUUUGUCAAAACUAGCUGCCAGUUGAAGGGUAGAAAUGCCUAAAAUAGCUGAUGUUUACAGUUGUCAUUUUUAUUUUUAUCUUCCUAUUUCUCUGAAGAGUUUACACUAGUGGAUUAUUGAAGCAUCCAUGGUAAUGGACAAAGAUAAUACAGGUAGUCCCUGGGUUAUGAACAACCCGUACUGAUAAUUGCAUGGACUGCAAUGCUAUAUGAAUAACUCUAGGGAAAAGCUGUGAUAUCUCUAGGGAACUACAUGGUGUGUUUGGCAAUGUGUCGUCAGUGGUGGUCUAGAUACACUAGUCACAACUUUUUCUUUCGGGUGUGGGUUCAUGUGUACCCAAGCCAGAGCGUUUUCCUGGCACUUGCAGGGCAUCAGGGAUCAAGCAGGACCAUGGCAAAAUAGUUUCUGGAAGGGCAGAAGCAGAAGUGCCCAGAUGGCUUCUUCCUGUUCCUCUGUUCUUGUUUUAAAGCUUGAAAUCAUGUAUUAACUUCCUAAUCCAUGUAGUAACAUUUUGUUUUUGGUUUUGUUUUGUUUGGAACUGUGGUGUUUUAUUAUUCCUAUGGUUUAUUGUAAAUUAGCAGAGCAACUCAGAAAUAUAUUCAGAAAAUGAAAAAACAUACAGUAUUUUAAAGUGCUCAAAACACUUCAUAUUCAUGAUCUUCUUAUAAUCUAUGCAAGAAUGAAAGUGACCUACGUUAACUCUGUAAGACACUGUUUUGAAAGAGUGUUCUAAAUUGUUUUAAGAACUGUUUCUUUCAUUUGUUUUUUCAGUAAUGUACGCCUGCACACAUGCAUUCAGAUUCUCUCUCUCUUUCUUUCUCUUUUCAGUAUCUGUAGUUACUUUAUCAUUGCUAUAUUAUUAUAAUUAUUACAAUGAUGUAUUGUGUUUAAGAUAUUUUAGUAAAUACAGAAGUGUUUCUUAAGUGCUUUAUAUGCAUAGGCAAGUAGUGUGUGUGUGUAUAAACCAAAACCAAACAUUGGGCUUAUUCAUGUGAUUCUGCUUACACACAAAUUCGACUUAAGUAUGUUCUCAGGAUCAUGACUUGUCCACAGCCUCGGGACUUAUCUGCAUUGCUUGGUCAAGACCACCAGGGAGUUUUCAUUGUUGAGAAGGUUUUGAACUUACAUCUCUCACCUCUCCAAGCCAAGAAGAAGAACCAAGGAGUUUUUGGCUGGAAAAAGGCAUGCCCUUUUAUAGUCUACUGGCAACAUAUAAAUGGCAGAAAUGCUGUUGGAUGAUAUGAUGUGGGGUGGGAACUUUUAUUUAAGCAAUAUAGUUUCUAUGACAAGAAAAUAUAAUAUUUCCAUGUAUCUUCACAGCUAGUAUAAUUUAAUCUUUUCCCCUUUCAGCUGUCUUAAAUUUGCAUCUUUCAUCAUGUAUUUUAAUAUUCUUGCAGCUUCAGUGGGGGAGUUGGGCUUUACCAGCUUUAUUGUCUUUUGUUUCUUUCAUUGUCAUCAGUCACAACAGCAAUAACAACAAAAAGUGUUUCACAUUUUACUAUAACUUUAACUUUGCCAUUUUAAUAAGUGGCCAUGGCUGGUAGUAAAUGUUCAUUAUCAGAGUAAAGGUCAUACAGCAACAUAGCGUACUAAUGUCUAGCACUGCACAAUCCUUGCUUGAACGUUGGAAUCUAAAAGGGCAAGCUGUGAGAAUCGCUGUGAUUGGUAGGAGACUUUAAGUGGUAUCCAAUAUGGGUUACUUAUUAAAGAAAGGAAGUUCAGAGACUUAGGCGUGUGCAUAAAAGGAAUUUUCCUUGGCUUUGCGCUUCAGAAGACUAUAUAAAAGUAUAUUUGUAAAGCAUCUAAUUGAAAUGAUAAUACUCAGACCCUUGUGCCCAGAAGUUUAAUUUUGAGCUAAUGGUCAAACAUGUUUGGCAUGGACAGAAUUUGCCCCAUUACUAGAUUGGAUUUCUAGAAAACCUUAUCCUAUAGCUCAGCAUGGAUAAUGGCUACACAGAGUACUCUGCCCUAGCUUUUUAUUUAUUUAGUAGAUUUGUAUCCCACCUUUUUUCUGACAAAGAGCUCAAAGUGGCAUCCAUAAUUCUCCUCUUGUGGCUCUCAGCUUUAUCCCAACAACAAUGUGAGGUAGGUUGAGUUGAGAAUCUGUGACUGCCCCAAAGUCACCCAGUUGCCUCCAUGGCUGAGUGAAACUUACAAGGGAGGACCCCAGCCUAGCAUAUGAUGUGGAGAUGCUAGAAUGGGUGCAGGAGUUUUAUAAGCAUAAUAAAGAAGCAAAGUACGGACAUGAAGUUAAAAAACAGGUAAAACAGCACUAGGAGAUUAUUUUAUUAAGCUUUUAAACCACCCUUCUGGAAUUCUCUCCCCAAAGAAAUAGGCCUGGUGCUGGCGCUAAACAUCUUUCAGCACCAGACUAAAACUUUGUUUCCCAGUAUUUUAAGUGUUAAAUGAUGCAUUUAACACACAUUCUCACACACACACAAACACACAGAGUUGUUUUUAUGUACCUGUCAGGUCACUGUUUGUUUAUUUAAGUCAUUAUUUAUUUAAUUGUUUGUAUAUGCUUGCUUUAUUUUUGUUUUUAUUUAUUGUUGUUGGUUGGUUCAUGUGCUGGACUGCUGGAAUGUAUUGUUAUUGAAAUAUUACUAUUUGAUUAUUUUAUUGUAUUUUUAAUCUAAUCUUAUUUUGUAAAUCAUUCUGAGAGCCAGAAUGACUAUAGAGGAAGGUAUAUAAAAGCUUGUAGAAAUAAAUAAUAUAAUUCAGGGCAGUGUACGUUAUAAGGGGAAAAAGCCAAAGCGAUAAUUAAAUUUGUGCUAUAAAACUGAGAGGCAUAACUCUUCCUGUGAACAAUAUUUAUUUAAAUUAAUAAACUAUGGAAAUAACUUUAAAUGCCUGUGUGAAUAAAAAGUUCUUUUACAUGUUUAUGUAAUAGCAUGUAAUGUGGAAUAUUAUCAAAUAAAAGUAUUUGUUUCAAAAUGUGGAUGGAGAAAUUUGCAUCACAUUCCGUCAAAUUAUAUUCUUUCCUUUUUUGGAACCUGUUCCUAUUCUCAUUGCCACUUGCCUUUAAAUUGAAAAUUCCAUGCUUAGAAACAGUGCUAGAAUGCCUAUAUUCAUUUGCUUGUUGGUGUCCAGUGGAGGCAUUUUUUUAGUAUGCCAGGACAGUUUGAGAGACUUUCACAAGAUAUGUGUUCUUCAUAAAUCCAUAUAGUUUUUCAUUCACUGUUGAAGGAUUUGCUCAUUUAUUUAAAAAAAUAAGAUGUUUUAUUCUGUAGGGUUGUGUUGCUUUCCAGAAACUCAGGUCCCUCCCUAACCCCUAAGCCUAUGCUUAAAAACUAGAAAUUGGUUACUACGGUGGUAAAAUGAAGCAAGGGCAGUGAAGGCGGGGAUAGACAACGGACGAUUUCGGUUGCACACAUUUGGGCUUCGUUACAGCAUGGCAGUGGGGGGAGCCAGAGAGUUCUGAUGAAGCCUUUAAGGGGAAAAGAGGUCUUGUAAACCAGCUCAGUUAAGGUGCCAUUCCCAUUUGGGUGUCCCUCUGUAGCUUCAAUUGAGGUCUAAUGGAUUUUGAUUAACUUGAUUGAUUAACAUUUAUGUUAAUUUAUCAGUUAAUCUAAUUGAUUAACAUUUAUGUUAAGGAGUAUAUGUUGCUCAAGCUCUGUGCCCUUUUUUCUGUCUUAUGGAUGAUGUUAUGUCCAUGUGGAUAUGGAUGUGUUUCCAGGCCUGGAGUAUACUAACAGUGUAGCAUAUUGGACUCAGUCCAAGCGGGGUGUGUCCUUUCUGGUGGAGAAUCCUGCAGCGUGUGCUGUACCUCUCCUUCUCAUGGUUCCUGGUAGUGUAUGAUCUUCCCAAUGCAUAUGUCUAUAUCUUAAUAAUAGACAUAUUUAUGGUGUGUGCAUGCGCACAUGCUUAUUUAUUUGAUUUCUAUGCAACCCAUUAGUCCAGACGAUACUCUGGGUAGUUUACAUAAUCAAAACACACAAACAAAACAAUACAUUAAAAUCAAAAAUAAGUAAUACAGCAAUACUAAAAGAGCAAUAGGCCCACAAAGAGCCCACAACAGUAGCACUCAAAUUAAUUAAAGGUGCACCAGCAAUAAAUUACAGUAAAAUGUAAUAUAAAUAAGAUAGUAAUUAUCUAAAAUUAAAAUUAUGGACUAUUAAAAUAUGGGGUGAAUGAAAAGGCUUUUGCCUCGCUCUGGAAGGAAUAAAGAGGGGUCAGUAACUCGUACACAAUUGAGCUUUAAAAGAAAAUAAAAAGCUAUUCUUUGUGACUAUAAAACAAACUUCCACAACACCUAGUCACAAUCUUCAUGCCUUCUGCUGAUUUUGUGUAGUCAGUUGAACGGAUGCUAAUGGAUAAUUUUUUUCAUUGUGAUAGAGUAGUACUUAUCAGCAGAUUUUUCAAGCAGCUCCACUGGAUUACUGGAUGUGUCUCCGCACUUCAGUGCCACUUUCCAAAUAAACUAUGAAAAGCAUCAAAACAAACAAACAAUGCUGGUUUAAAAAAUUUUCCCAGCUGGAUUUUGAGACUGCUUACAUUUAAGCAGCGGUAUUCAUUUCCUGGUGUUCCAGAGGCAGGGUGUGCAUGGCUUUCACACACUUGUGGAGAAAAAAAAAACGACAAUGUGAGAACAUCUUGAAAGAUAUUGUUCUGAUUGGUUAAAAACAAUAGCAAAGAGAUGAUCAAUUUCUUGCAAAUUGCACUGAGAUCAAGUAAAAGUACCUUGAUGUCAGUUUUUAUAACAAUACAAAGUUUAUGUAGGGGAAGUUGGUUUACCAGAAAUGUUUCCCAUUGGCAAAUGAAUAGGGAUAUUCAACCUUAAACUUCCCAGCAUUCUUUCCUUGAAUAAGUAUGUGUAUAUUAUGUCAACAUAGUAUAGCAACAUACAGGUACUAUGUAGACAUUCAGUCAGGUUUUCAAAAAUGGGUAAUGCUGCGUAGGAUUUUUUGUUCUCAAUAUGAAAUGCAGGAAUCCUAUAAGAGCAACUGAGAAAUCAUUAGCUGGCUAAGUGAGGGCAUAGUGAAAAUAGCUAAACGCCCAAGUCUGAGAUGUGCUUCCUCCUUCCAAGUGUUCUUUUUAAGUGUUGGUGUUUUCCAAAAGUUCUUUAAACCUGUGAUUGAAAAUCUGUUCACUUCUCAAUUGCUCAGCGUUCAGGCGGUUGUAAUGUCAAUUUCAGAUGUUCUCUAGUUGCCAUCAAAUCUUCCAACCCAGACAAGACUUGAAUUUCUAAUGUAAAGAAACAAAGAGUAAAGAGUGAGAAAAGGCAAAAUAGAGGGCUUUUAAGGUAUUACAGAAAGAAAGCUCAAAAAGAAAGCCCAAAAGGGCAGAAAUAUAAAUUAUUUCACAUUAUGAGUCACCUUUCAGAGUUUUAAUUGACAGAUUGGAACUUCAAGGAUUGGAACUGCAUGAGUAAUCAAAGUAUAUGUAGCUAAGAUUUAAAAUGAAGAUUUUGAAUGCUUGCGGUUAUUAGAGAUCCCAUGGUGUACUCUGCAAGAUUAGCAAAGUUAAUUCCUGUAUCCUAGCCAGAUUCCUGUAAUAGGUAAUUACAGUCUCGCUACCUUAAACUCACUUGCAGUUUUUAUUAGAGCAGAGUGCCUUAUAUUCAAGUAGCUAUAGAAUAUCACUUAGCAGUUGAAAGGCAUAACUUGUAGAAGUAGGAGAAAAUAUUGUUUGAAAUAUAGUUCCGGAUUUUUUCUCAUGUAUGUAGCCUCCUUAUUGAUUGUCCAGGAUUAAAUGGUUUUCAUUUAGUGUUAUGGAACCAUGAUUCUAAAAGACUUCUGCACGACUAAUGCUUGUUGCUGAUACUGAUGCCUUGAGGCCUUCUGAUUUUUGAGGACUGGACCAUUUUGCUUGGUUCUUUCUUCAUAAAUCUCAUGAAAUCAAGACCUUGGGACAAUUAAAACCAAGGAGCCAUUUCUACAAGAUUUGUUAGAAAUGUUUGCUAUUAUCAUAAGCAGAGCUCUUUGACCAUUUUUAAGUCACACUUUUUUAGACAAAACUGUUUUAAUUUAAGAGGUACAAUGUUUGAAAAAGCCUCACUUAAAUAUGACAGUAAUUUGAUGUGUGCAGCAUAAUUAAACCAGACAUAAAAUCUCUGACAGCUUUAAGAUUUAACUCUUUAGAAGUAAGAUUUAGAUCUUUUAAAGUAAGAUAUCAUAAUAAGAGAGUUGACAUUUAUCAGUAAGAUCUGGUGGCCUUUACUUUGUUUAACUUUCAUUGCUUCUUUUUCUUUUGUGCUUUCUUAUUGAGGCUGAAAGUAACCACCAACCAAUGCAAAUAUUGCAAAAAUUAUCACUGUAUAAUAUGUAACUAUGGGAAUGUCCCCCACAAGCAUGAAAAUGUUGAGCUCCCCUCCCUAGGCUUGGUUGCACAGUAAGAAGACUACCUGAUAUAACCCAUCAUUCUGUUACAGUGCCACUUUCAAGAUGGUCAGAGUUGUGACUGUGACCUCAGUUAAUUUCUGCUCAGAGUAGCUUUGAGUCACCCUUGAAAUACACAGGAAGGCAGAUCCUUUUAGACCUUCACUUACAGACCAGCUGUCUGAGAGCAGUGGUGACCCCUUGACCUGUUUGAAAGGCAGUAUUCAUUGCUAUUUUCACAGGAAAGGGCAUUGACCAGUGUUGAUGAUUUACUGCUUUUGGUUUUUGGCUAUGACUUAAAGCUGCAAGACUCUGGCUUUGCCACGGUUUGCUUUGGUGUACUUCACAGGUGCUGGCACUUCAGAUUACUGCAUCAUGGCAGAGGCUGGCUUGUCAUUGGCGGUAAUUUGCUGCUGAUAGUCCUGCUAACUUCAUAUUUUUUUGACAGUGCUGUUCCCCCUUUGUUUCACUCAUAUUCAGAGGCAUCAUUAUUGUGUGAAGUUGAAAAGAGGAGUGAGGAGCUAGCCUGUAACCAUUAUUUGAUUAUGAUUGCUACUAGUACAAUUAUACCCUGCCUUUUUUUCCUCUUUCAAGGCACCCAGUGUGACAUUACACAGCCUUCCUCCUUUCCGUUUAUUCUCACAACAAACCUGGAAUAGAAGUUGGGCUGAGAGUCUGUGAGCAUCCCAAAGUCACCCAAUGAGCUUCAUGGCGAAGGGGGGAUUAAUACCCAGGUCUUCCAAGUCCCCAUAGAACACUCACAGCAUUAUGCCACACUGGAUAACAAAAAUGUAUUUUUUUCAGGGGUGGGGCAAGUAGGGAAACCGAUUGGAAGACUAAUUGCAGCAUCAUUUUGGGGGAAAUCAGUGGAGAAUAUUGAAGUAGAGUUGAAAAAUGACUGGUUUGCCAUGUGUUAAAUAGCUGUUAAAUUGAAGGGGCAAAUACAGAAUAAUAUGUUGGGAUCCAUAUCUCAUAUCUGCCUGGUGAGCUAUCCAGAGUUACAGAGAAGGCACACAUCUAGUAGGGUACUGUUUCAGCAGUAGCCAACCUAAUGCCCCUUGAGAUCUUCCGAUUAGGAUAUAAUGUAUUAGAAUUUUCAGGCUCGUUUGUAAUUCCUGUUUGCUUGUAUUCUGAGAAAGACUGCUCCCUGAAUUAUUGAGUAAAAUUUAGUGAUACACUAUUGAUCUCU